CUAACAGCCACAGAGCUAUUAGGACGUUUUGUAUCUCUUACUAAUAAAUUUAAUAAAGUUUUCUCAAAAUGGUAUUAAAUGGGCGCACUUCUAGCCUAUCAGAGUUAAAGGCACCCACGUUUGGCUGGCGACAUUUGCAGUGUCUCAUGAUAUGCAUUGGCCUCACUGCAGCAUUUGCGAUGCGCGUCAAUAUGUCUGUGGCAGUUGUGGCGAUGAUGGAUAAUAAAGCGGCAAAUCCUGAUUUUCCUGAGUACCACUGGUCGGAGAAGACAAAAGCGCGUGUACUCAGCAGCUUCUUUAGUGGUUAUGUAUUCACUCAAGUACCCGGUGGCAUACUUGCACGUCGUUUUGGUGGCAAGGUGCCGUUACUUUGCAGUUUCACCAUUAGCAGCAUUUUGGCAAUACUCACGCCAUUGGGUGUUAGUAUUGGUGGCUGGAAGCUGCUUUGCUUCAUGCGUUUCCUGCAAGGUUUUGGUCAGGGUGUGACGACGCCCUCAAUACAUACCCUAAUUGCUAAAUGGUCGCCGGUUGAGGAACGUAGCUCACUAGGUACUUACUGUUAUUCAGGCAUACAACUGGGCACCGUCACUAUAUUGGCAUCGAGUGGUGUACUAGCUUCCUCCAGCCUGGGCUGGCCCAGUCUUUUUUACAUACCCGGUGGUGUGGGUCUUCUAUGGGCGGUAGCAUGGAUAAUUUGGGGUGCAAAUUCACCCAGCGAAUGUAGGAACAUAAGUGCGGCGGAAAGAACACUUAUCGAAGAGUCUUUAAAAUGUAGUGUGGAGCAAGAGGAGAGAAAGAGUAAAUUGUCUACACCCUGGCGAAAGAUAUUCACAUCAGCUCCAUUCUUAGUGAUUUUAUUGGCACAUUGCGCAAAUUCUUGGUGUUUUUGGACGCUGCUCACUCAAAUUCCUUCGUACAUGAAGAGCGUUCUCGGAAAGGAUAUAAAAAGUAAUGCUUUGCUCUCGGCUUUGCCCUAUUUGACAAUGUUCCUUUUGGGAUUGGCAUUGUGUCCCAUCGCCAAGUACCUGGAAAAGAACAAUUACCUUAGCGCAACUAUGAGUCGCAAACUUUUCAACACCAUAGGGCUGUGGGUACCUGCGGUAACGCUAAUCGGGCUGGGUUAUAUCACACGUGAACAGGCCGAUUUGGCUGUGAUUUUGUUGACAUUAACAGUUGGUAUUAACUCUGCCGUGCAUUUCGGUUUCCAGGUGAAUCAUAUUGACUUGACACCAAAUUUUGCUGGUACUCUGGUUGGCUUGACUAAUGGCAUCUCUCAUGUGGUCAGCGCAAUGGCGCCGUUGUUGGUGGGAUAUGUUGUUACCGAUACGAAAAAUCCUGAUCAGUGGCGUAUAAUAUUUUUCGUAGCAGCGUUCAUUAGCUUUGCCGGCAAUCUGUUAUUUAUACUCUUCGGUACGACAAAAGUGCAACCAUGGAAUGAUGAGCAAGUCGUGCAAACCCACGAAAUGAAGCCACUCAGGGAAACCAACGUUGAACCAAAUCAUGCAAAAAAUCAAUCAGUUCUUUAGGGCUUAAUCAACUUAGUUUUAAAAUUAUUAUAAAGUUUAUUAAAAGUAUUCCAAAAUUUAGCCUCCGAACAAUAA